CACCCGUGUCCUGUACUUCACUGCGCCUCCGGUUCUUCAACCUUUCGAAUCUUCCACCUUUCGAAUCCCCACCCCUCUCGCUUCUGAUCCAUCGUCCGGUUUCACGCAGCACUACCGCUUCCUGGUUUUCCACCCCGCCGCCCAGACUCGACUCCUCUCCUGUACUCCGCACUCCGGGUUUCUUCGAUCUCUUGGCCGGCUCCGCCCCGCGUCUCCGGUUUCAGCCGCUGCUACAGGGACCCCCAAGAUGGAAACGCAGGGGCUGCCUGCCGCCUCGGAGGCGGCCCAGCCCGAGCCCGGCAUCCAGCAACAUGGCGCUGGUGCGGCCGCCGCGGAAGACGGGGCUCCCUCCUCAGGGCCUGCUCUCCGGCCUCCUCAGCCUCGUGACUCUACGGGGGCCUGGGGCCUGGACGUGACAUUCCCGGUGCUGCUGCUCCUCGAGGGGAAGCUGCCGGAGCCGCCUACGCAGCCGCCGCCACCGCCGCAGCAGUUGCCGCCGCCGCCGCUGCCUAGAGCUGCCACCCCCGGCGGCGCUGCCGCCUCUUCCCCGGCAGCCGGAGGCCCCGGGCAGCCGGAAAGUGACGCUCUGCUGCUGGUGCUGAACUUGGUGCGGGGCGGAGCCUCCGGAAGCCCCUCGCGCGGCUCCUCUCAGGACUCUCCCCCAACGCAGCGGCUGCGGGAGGGCAAGCCGGCCGGCGAGGCGGCUGGAGAAGGCCCGGCCUCGGCGCCGCUCUCGGAGGGCAGCGGACCGCAGGAGGAGCCCGGCGGCGGCGGCCCGGGAAAUUCCUCCUUUUCGGGCACGCUGACCAUCAACAACCAGAGCCUGCUGGUGCGCUUCGAAAAUGGGACGCUCAGCUUUGGCGGUCCCGCGCCGGCAGCCCCGCCGCCACCGCCUCCCGCUCAGCCGAACGCCGCCGCCGAGUCCCCGGCUGCACCCUCCGGCGGACCUUCGCGGUCUCCGGCGUCAUAUCCUCGCCCGGAUUCCCGCUGCGCCGAGACCUUUUCCCGCAAGCAGCUGCUGCGGCUGCAUCAGCUGUCGGCGCGCGGCGGGAGCCCGACAGGUGCGGCGCAGGAGGGCGGAGAGGCCGCGGCGGCAGCUCCCGCUCCCCCGGCAGGCGCGGCUCGGGCGGUGCGUCCGUUCAGCUGCCCGGUUCCCGGCUGCGCCUGGGCUUUCGCCACCGCCUACAAGCUGCGGCGCCACCUACACUCCCACGACAAGCUGCGCCCUUUUGCCUGCUCCGCGCCGGGCUGCACGAAGCGCUUUACCACCAUCUACAACCUGCGGGCGCACGGCAGGGCCCACGAGGAAGAGGCGAGGCUCAAGUGCGAGGCUUGUGGACAGCGUUUCCCCAGCGCCGCCCGUCUCGGGGCGCAUCAGCGGCGGAGCCACCUAGAGCCAGACCGGCCUUACCGCUGCGAGUAUCCAGGUUGUGAGAGGACCUUCAUAACAGUGAGUGCAUUAUUUUCUCAUAAUCGAGUCCACUUCAGGGAACAAGAACUGUUUUCCUGCUCCUUCCCAGGCUGUAACAAGCAGUAUGACAAAGCUUGCCGACUGAAAAUCCACAUGAGAAGUCACACAGGAGAAAGACCUUUCAUCUGUGACUUUGAAGGUUGUGGCUGGUCCUUCACCAGCAUGUCUAAGCUGUUAAGACAUAAAAGGAAACAUGAAGAUGACAGGAGAUUCACAUGCUCUGUAGAAGGCUGUGGAAAAUCUUUUACAAGAGCAGAACAUUUGAAAGGCCAUAGUAUAACUCAUCUUGGUACAAAACCAUUUGAAUGUCCUGUAGAAGGUUGUUGUGCAAAGUUCUCAGCACGCAGUAGUCUAUACAUUCACUCCAAAAAACACCUUCAGGAUGUGGACUCAUUGAAGAUGCAUUGCCCUGUAUCCAGUUGUAGCAAAUUGUUCAAUUCAAAGCAUAGUAUGAAAACACAUAUGGUCAAGCAACACAACUUUAGUGCAGAUCUAUUAAAUCAGAUGGAAACUAUUGGUUCCCUCACACCCAGCAGUGAACUUGCCAGUUCGGGACAAAGCGACCUCAGCAAUGUAGAUCUGGUGUCCCUUUUUUCUAGUGUAUCUGGGAACUCCUCUGGAAUUUCAGCUGAUAUGGCUCUAAUAAACUCUGGAAUUCUCACUAUAGAUGUUGCUUCAGUAGGCUCUACGCUUGGAGGCAGUCUUUCUGUCAGUAGCAAUUCCCUUGCUCAAACAGUUGACCCAUUGAUUUUAGUGGCUAGUAGUGACAUUCCGCACAGCCUGGAUAGCUCUCUUUUAUUGGGAACCACCACCACAGUUUUACAGCAAAGCACUUUAAAUUUGGAUGAAGUACAGACUGUGAAUGCAGAAGCCUUAGGCUCAUUAGCAUCUUUGUCAACAAGAAGUUCCAGUCAAGACUUGCAUGGUUUGACCUCUAGCAAUAACUUGUCAGUAGACACAGCCACUUUAACCCCUUCCAGCAGCCUUGGUGGAAACAAUACAUCUGAAUUAUUAGCUCCAAGUAAAGCAGAGCAAACUUUGCUUCCUAGCCUGGAUGUUGUGGAACAACAAGAAGGCAGUAAAGUAGUCACUCAGUUUGUGUUCUCCAAUCCUUCAGGAAGUUACAGUGCACAGAAAGAAACUGAUCUGAGCACGGUGACUGGCAGCUCUUUUCUGGAGAGUGGUGGGUCUGCAAGAACAGAUUAUCGAGCUAUUCAGCUUGCCAAGAAAAGAAAACAAAAAGGAAAUGGGACCGACAUAGGUUCGACUGACUCUGGCAUAAGAAAAAGCAAAAGUGAUAAAGUUAACUGUUUUAGUCAUGGAAAUCGGUUAUGCAACAAUAUUUUGCCAAAUGGAAACCUAACAGUAAGAGACCCUUCAGCUGGCACACAGUUUGUUCAAAUUCAGUUGCUUCAGGAUGAUGCUCCAGGAGAAGGAGAUCUGCCCUUCCAGCUCAGUUCUCAAUCUUCCUCUUCACACUCUCAGCUGACAGUGGAUUUACCUGUUCAUAUUCUUCAGGAGCCACACAAUUCUGCUGAAGAAGAUGCCAAUUCUGAUAAUUCCCAGUUUACAGGAAGCACCAUCAAUCUACAAGACCUUGAAUGAUUGUGUGGAAGGCAGAAGCAUUGAAACGUUCAGAUGCAGAAGCAUCCUGAGAAAUAAGAGCCUGUUGCUGCUUUUAAAGAAAAAAGUGAAAAUUGGGAGCAUGACCACCGGUGCUGGCAUGCUUAAUGGUUGUCGUGCGAUGGAAAACGUGUUCAGUAAAUUUUACUUGAUAAGGCAUUUGGAGAUCUUGGUAUGUUCUGUCUUACGGUCAGGAAAAGGUACAUACGGGAGAAUUUGAGUCCUACCUUAAAAUGGAUGUGCAGCGGCGAUAGUCCACGCUGAUUUUAAGAAUAAUUCUCAGAAUACUAGACAGCAGUUAAGCUUAGCACUUUUUUCUUGACACAAGAAAUGAACCCCUAAUUAAAUUUGGGGUUAAAAUGAAGGAAUUUAAGCAGGAAGACCAAUUAAAUUUAGUUUCGCAAACUGACAUUUUAGAGAGAGAAGCGCAUAAAAAAUAGUACCAUACUCAGGGAUAGUGAAGGUUGAAUUACUAGAGCAAUAUGAUUUCUUGCUCUUGCUAUCUCUAAUUUAGCAAUGUGCCCUGAACUUUAGAAAGCUGCCUAGCAUAUAUUAAUUCUUACCACUUUGGUUAUGUUUACAGUAACAAAACAGUAUUGCCAAUUUGUACGAAGUCACUUUUAUUACAUAGACCCAUCACGUGCAUUUUGCUCAGAAAUAAGUCUUACUGAUUUCAGUAGAACUUACUCCCAAAUAAAUGUUGAAAUGAUUACAGUGAUGGUCUGUUUACCAUUUACAUACAGACUAUCUAACUGAGGAAAGAGCUUCCAGCUAGUGUCAGUUGCAUAUAUGUAACAUCUUGACUGAAAUGAAAAGUAGAUCUUUAAAUACAUGUUUUAAAAAACCCUGUUUUUUAAUAUAGAUAAUAGGAAAUAAUUCAUACAGCCUUUUAAGAACAAAAACUAAGAUUUCAGCUAAGCAAAGAAAUAAAUAAGAUGUCAGUGUUUUACAAAAAAAAAAAUUAAGUCUGGAACUUAAACAUUCUAUACAUGAGAUGCCUACAUGGCAUUAAAAUUAUACAUAUGUACGGCUUAGUUAAAAAGUUGUGUGAGCACUGUUUUUUUUUAUACAAAGAUACCCUACAGAGGAACACUUGUGAAUUUGCAUAUUUAUUAGCGUUAGGAGAUACACUAAGAUUAAGGUCAAUCGUCUUGAAUAUAUGGAGAGUCAGCAACAAAUUUCUCUAGAUAGACCCUUCUCCCAUCUCAUUCCAAAUUGGGUUCAUAUUCCUGAAACUCACACUUAAUUAAAACUAGCCUUGCUCUGUUGCCACUGAAACAUCUCUGGCAGAACUGAGAAAGAGGAAGACUAAUGAACAGCAUUCUCUGGACCUUAAUCUAUUACUGUGCAACAUUUGGCAUAGUCAGGCACCUGCCAUCCCUGCUUUGGAAGUCAGGGGCCUUAGGAAAUAUAUUUCCUAGAGCUGUUGAAAUCUGGAGGGAGGUGCUUAGGUCUCUCUUCAUAUAUAUCACCAGGAGGAUAGUAUAGCUGGAAUGGCUUUGGAAAUGCUGUUUUCUACGGUGUUAUUAAACUUCGAAUCAUUUCUGUCUUAGAUUAUUCCUAAUAGUAAUUCCAAAUUAAGAAGGUUUACCCAUAAAUAGAAAUAUACUAAUUAAUGCCUGUGCCUUUUGAACUUCAUUUUCAGAAGAAUGUAGUUUGGAAGCAUUUUAUACAGAUUUACAUUAAUUCAGAUUUUGAUUUGCGGAUUUUUUUUAGAAAAAAAGUCUUGACUGGAUAUUUUUCAUUGUCUGUGUAAAACGUUUACCUGACUAUCUUGACCUAUACAUUUACAUUAUCAAAACAUAAAUUAUUUUUACUUCUGAGAUAAAACCUUUAAGUGAAAAAGUGAAGAAGCUACUUAUUUCUAAAGCAUUUUGUCUUUUCUUUCUAUCACUGAGGUUCAGUUUUAAAGAGAAAUGGGGGCAUUUUGUCCUCAAAACUUGUCACCUCAAAUAAAAAAUCAGUGGAAUAGUUCACACACUUACUGUAAUAGUGAUCCUCUGCAAGCUGGAAUGCAAGCCCACCUGGCCCUUACCAAGCUGCAGAGGUAAUUUAGAUUAAAUAGGCGGAUCACAAGAAGCCUGUCCACUUCCCCCUUCCCUUUCUUUGAGGAGAAGUAUCUUUUUAUGGUUUUCACAGCAGGCAUGGCCUACAUUUCCUUAAAAGCAUGUGUGGGGCAGACCACUCAGUUCUUUCUAACUAAAAGAGGAUCCCUAACUGGGUAAGAAUGUGAACUGUAUCCAUCUAAUGUGGUGCUUCUGUUUUACGGAGUCUUGCUUAUUGAAGAAUAAGUAAUUGCUUCUGUUGGACAGACAAUUGUGUUCUUUUAUGAAGUUUAUAUACUCAGUUUUAACUAUCAUUGUAAAUUCCUAAUUGCUUGAGAGCAAGCAUCAGAUUUAUUCUGGCAAAGUCCAUUGCUGGCAAUGGAUAUUUAUAAUCACGGAGUUAAAAGGACUAAUAAAACCAGUUGAUGUCCAAUU